CAAAAAACCUAGCGUCACGAGCAGCAUAGCCUGGCCAUGGAGCUUCUAGUUCCCUUUCUGCUGUUCGCCAUCCUCACCCUUCCACUUUGCUGCUUACCUUCUGGUUCCCAGGCAGCAAGCAAUGCUAGCAUCGACCACCUCGCACUCCUGUCCUUCAAGGCGCUCAUAACAGAUGAUCCCUCGGGAGCACUGAGUUCAUGGGGGAGAGCAUCGAACGUCAGUUACUGCCAGUGGCAUGGUGUGACAUGCGGUGCUCAAGGGUGGCGCGGGCGCGUCACAGCACUUGGUCUUCCUGGGCUCAACCUCUCCGGUAUCAUCUCCCCUGCAAUAGCAAAUCUUACAUUCGUGACGAGUCUUGAUCUGAGCUACAACAAUCUGGAUGGCGAGAUCCCUCCAUCCCUAUCACGUUGCUCGAAUCUUCGCAACCUCAGCCUUGGCUUCAACAACCUUCAAGGGAAAAUUCCUGAAGAACUCGGAAGCCUUGCAGAUCUACAAUCACUAAGCCUACUGUAUAAUAAUCUAACAGGCAGCUUCCCUGCUGAUUCUUUUCAGAACCUUCAGAAGCUAGAAUACCUAUCGUUGGCCAGGAACAAGCUUUCAGGGGCCAUUCCAGAUUCCCUAGGAAACCUCACUUCACUAACUUAUCUUCUUCUGAAUAACAACAGCUUUACUGGUACAAUCCCACCAUCACUAAGUGCACUCUCUUCUCUAACAAAGCUUGGCUUGGGGUGGAACAAUCUUACUGGAAGCCUACCUCCAUCACUAGCAAACCUUUCUAAUCUCUUAUGGCUCGAUAUUGGAUACAACUACCUUACUGGUGUAAUACCUAUAUCGUUAGGGAACCUGUACUCUCUUACAUUGCUCGAAAUCAGUGAAAAUCUACUUACAGGCCCUAUACCACCCCAGCUUGGGAACCUUCAAAACCUCACUUAUCUGUCUUUAGAGUUUAAUAAUCUCACUGGGCACAUUCCUGAUUCCCUAUUCAACCUCUCCUCACUCCAACUCUUCUCGCUUCAGUCAAAUAACCUACAAGGAUCAUUGCCUGAAGAAAUGGGCAGUAGAUUUCCCCAACUGGAAUAUCUACACCUCAGUAUCAAUGAAUUUCAUGGGUCCAUCCCAUCAUCUUUAUGUAACUCAACAAACCUCAGGGACCUAUUACUAGACUAUAACCUGUUAUCUGGAACGAUUCCACCAUGUUUAGGACAGCUGUAUGGUCUAUUUAGGUUGGGACUAGGUGUCAACCAACUUGAGGCAAGAGGCCCUAUUGAUUGGAAGUUUCUCACGGCUCUAGCAAAUUGUACCAUUUUAAGCUAUCUGGGAUUAUCAGGAAACAAUUUAGGAGGAAUCUUGACAAGUUCCAUAGCUAAUCUUUCUAAAACUUUGCAAAUUCUCUAUAUAGACUACAAUGCAAUAGAGGGAACCAUACCUCAAGGAAUUGGGAACCUUGUUGGCCUAACACAGAUUGCAAUGGGUGGAAAUCUCCUCCGCGGUACACUUCCAGUUUCUCUUGGCAAACUAAACAAGUUGCAAGACAUAGAAUUUGAACAAAACAAACUUGAAGGGGCAAUCCCAUCAUCACUUGGAAACCUCACGCAGUUGUACCAACUUCGUUUGGCAGAUAAUCUACUCACUGGAAACAUACCAUCCAGUCUUGCUAACUGCCCACUUAACUGGUUGGAUCUUCAGGGGAACAAGUUAACUGGUUCUGUACCAACAGUAAUUUUUCAGAUGCCUACCCUUUCUGCCUUUUUGGACUUGCAAAACAACAUGCUGUCAGGGCCAUUGCCUUUAGAAGUGGGUAGUUUGAUAAAUCUGCAGCGGCUUGACAUAUCCAACAACAGAAUUUUCGGUGAGAUUCCAAAAUCACUUGGUGAGUGUUCGCUCUUGGCGUACCUCAACUUGAGUAUGAAUAUGUUAGAGGGGUCCAUUCCACCCUCACUAAGCAACCUAAGAGGCCUUCAGAUGCUUGACCUUUCAUACAACAACUUGUCGGGAAACAUUCCAGAAUUCCUUGGAAACCUCUCUGGAGUUUACCUAAAUUUGUCCUUCAAUGAUCUUGAUGGUGCAGUACCAGAACUAGGUAUCUUUCAGAAUCUUAGUGCAUUCUCCAUAGCAGGUAAUAGUAGAUUAUGUGGAGGAAACCUGGAACUCAGACUGCCCCCUUGCUCAAACAAGGACUCCCAGAAGUAUCGCUCUCAAAAACUCAAGCUCAUAAUAGCACCCAUUGCAGCAAUCUUGUGUUGCAUUAUUUUGUUUUGCUUGCUCUCUUUAUGGCUUUUAAGGUGCAGAUCAUUAAGGAAACCCCAAACUUCAGUUACCUUGAUGGAUGAAUAUCCGAGGAUUUCUUACGGUGAAUUGGCAAGAGGAACAGAGGGGUUUUCUCGUACAAAUCUUAUUGGAGUGGGGAGCUUUGGAUCAGUCUAUAAGGGGUUUAUACACUAUAAUGGCAAAGCUACAACUGUUGCAAUAAAGGUAAUUAACCUUCAGCAGCACGGAGCAUCACAGAGUUUUAUCGCAGAAUGUCAGGCGUUGGGACAUGUUCGACACCGAAAUCUAGUGAAGAUCUUAACUGUUUGCUCAGGCCUUGAUUCAGCAGGCAAUGAUUUCAAAGCUCUAAUAUAUGAGUUCAUACCCAAUGGGAAUCUAGAUGAGUGGCUGCAUAAUCCAAGUAGAAAUGAUGGUACAGAAACUACAUUAAAUAUCAACCAGAGAUUAGGGAUUGCUAUAGAUGUGGCCUCAGCACUUGACUACCUCCACAAUCAUAAACCAACGCCGAUUGUCCAUUGUGACCUUAAGCCAAGCAAUGUUUUACUAGAUUACGAUCUGGUUGCUCAUGUCGCUGACUUUGGACUGGCAAGGUUUCUAUCUGAUGACGCCAAUUCAUCACAAAAUUCAACUAGUAUGAGAGCACUGAGAGGAACCAUAGGAUACAUUGCUCCAGAGUAUGGAAUUGGCAAUGAAGUUUCUACACAUGGGGAUAUCUUUAGCUAUGGGAUACUUCUACUGGAAUUAUUCACUGCAAAAAGACCAACUGAUGUUGCAUUCAAGGAAGGUUUUGGCCUUCACCAGUAUGUCGAGAUGGCAUUGCCACACAAUACAACAGAAAUAAUCGAUCAAAAUAUGUUCCUAACAGAGCAUGGUGAGGACAAGUCAGACAUCACAAUCAAGGAAGAUAUAGACAUUAAUUGUAUCACGUCAGUUUUCAGAGUUGGCAUCCAAUGUUCGAGGGAAGAACCGACAGAGCGGAUGCAGAUUGCUGAUGCUUUGAGGGAACUGCACAGGAUAAGAGAGAAAAUGCAACAAUCAUAGUAGGAAAAAAAUGCACCAAAACUAGCAUCUGGAAAGAAAGUGGAAAAAGUAAAUAAACUGAGUAUAUAUCUGAUCCUCUGCUUAUGAUAACGCCAAUUUUUUAGGCAUUAAAAAAAUAUAUGAAAUGAUGUGUUUCCAUGAGACAAAAAUGCUGAACCCAUCUUGAAUGGACAUGGAUCAUCCAUGGCUCGGCAAAACUGAAUCCCCAUUUGAGCAAUCCAGGUA